CAUCGUUCCCUCACUCCCUCUCUUCUAUCCCUUCUCCCGCUAAACCACUUUCCGUUAUCUGUACAGCGGUUUUCCACCGUCUGAUGACAUCAUCAUCUCGCCCGGCCAGGAAACCGCUCUAGAGAUGGACGGUCUAACCGCUUCCUGCUGCGUAGGCCGGUUCGUUUUCCUCCCCUCAACCAGAACCCGGUCUGCCCGACGCCGGCCCGCUUUUCUGGCUCUCGCCUCAUCGGGAGACGAUCCGAAACUCGACAAAUGGGAUCAGAUGGAGCUCAAAUUCGGACAGUUUAUUGGCGAAGAUCCCAAACUAACCCUAGCAAAGAUAAUGGGAAGAAAAUCAAACCCAGAGGUAUCUUAUCUAGAAAUAGAGAAAUCAUUUGCGAAGAAAAAAGGCAAAUCAAAUGCUGAAAUUGUUAACAUUCCUCUGGAUUGGAGUAAGCAAGAAGCUGAGCCAUCUAAUUCUACAAGUGAUAUGCGUUUCUCUAACAAAAACCUGCCUGUAGAUACAAACUUGAAUCUUGUGCGACCUGUCAUGAAGAAAGUAAUCAAAGCUGAGACGACAACGAAUGAUGUGCCUGUCUACACAGAGAUGAAGCCUAGCCAAUCAUCACAAAAGAUCAAUACCAAGGACAGUAGUGUUUCUAAGGUCAUACUGCGAAAGCCUUCUGCAUUGCAAGCAGAUGACAUUGAAACGGAGAAAUCUUCAAAGCUUGAAAUCAAACCAAACUUAUACUUGAAAAUGAGAAAGAAUCUCAACAGAAGUCCCAGUGACAUGACCCUGUUAAAGAAGCCGAUGGACCGUAAUGACAAUUUUAGCGACAUAACUCUGUUGAAGAAGCCCGAGCCAGUAUGGAUCUCAAAUCCCAAUCAAGAGAGCAUGCCUUCUCCCGAUUCUGAUGGAUUGAAUUCUGGUGAAGCGAGCAUUUUAUCAGGUGAUGUCAAGCUUUUGGAUGCGAGUGCAAUGUCAUCUGAUAAAAAGGAGUUGGAUGAUGAAGUAAAAGCUUCUCAGGUCAACAUAGGAUUACAGCGGCCCGAGCAUCGUGAUCCUGGAACUCCUGAAAGGGAAGUUGCCAUUACUCAGCCUUUGGAUCUGAAGCCAGUUCACUCUAGUAGCAAUUCAUCCGUGCAAGCUGCCAUGCUAAGAAAUCCACAAAGGUUGGACCCAUCAACCAUAAAAAUAUCUGAUCCUGGUGGAGCAGAGAAAACUAAUGUUAACGGUGAGAGCCACAAUGAUGCUGAUGAAAUCAAGCAUUUUCAGUCAACAGCUCUAGGGGCUUGGAAACUGCAGGAACGUGAAGAAAUUUAUUGGACCAGGGCUGAAAAUCUCCUGCGAACAGGAGAAAGGGAAGAAGUAGAGUUGAUUAGCUGCAGCAGCAGAGGUUUUGUUGUAUCGUUUGGUUCGAUAAUAGGUUUUUUGCCUUACCGGAAUCUUGGAGCCAAAUGGAAAUUUUUGGCUUUUGAAUCAUGGCUGAGAAAGAAAGGCUUUGACCCCUCCUUAUACAAGCAGAAUUUAAGCAUCCUGGGUAAUUAUGAAUCUCAGAACAGGAAUAUUCCUCUGGAUUCAAAUCCAAGUCAAAAAACAAAUCAGCAACUUGAAGAAUAUCCAGCUUCAGAUAUGAAAUUGGAAGAUCUUCUCGAAACAUACGACCAAGAGAAGACAAAAUUCUUGUCUUCCUUUGUUGGUCAGAGAAUCAAAGUAAGUGUGAUAUUGGCGGAUAGGAACUCUAGAAAGCUUAUGUUCUCCGGUCGGCCCAAAGAAAAGGAAGAGAUGGUUGAUAAAAAGAGAAGUCUCAUGGCGAAACUUAGCAUUGGAGAUGUCGUCAAAUGCUCUAUCAAGAAGAUUACUUAUUUUGGUAUAUUCGUUGAGGUUGAGGGAGUACCUGCGCUGAUUCACCAAUCAGAAGUGUCAUGGGAUGCAACUUUAGAUCCAUCAACAUAUUUCAAAAUUGGCCAGAUCAUAGAGGCAAAAGUUCACCAACUGGAUUUUGCUCUUGAACGCAUCACCUUGUCAUUAAAGCAAAUAAUGCCGGACCCGCUAGUUGAGGCCUUGGAGUCUCUGGAGUCUAUUGUUGGUGAUCGUAGUUCCUUGGAUGGGAGCCUGGAAACUGCGCAAGCAGAUGUUGAGUGGGCCGAUGUGGAAUCUCUUAUCAAAGAACUAGGGAAGAUCAAAGGCAUUGAGCGUGUUUCAAAAGGCCGUUUUUUCUUGAGCCCUGGUUUAGCUCCAACCUUUCAGGUUUAUAUGGCUUCCGUGUUUGAAAAUCAGUACAAAUUACUUGCUCGAUCCGGAAACAAAGUGCAAGAGGUGAUUGUGCAAGCCUCCUUGGAUAAAGAGCAGAUGAAAGCAGCAAUCUUGACGUGUACAAAUCGGGUUGAAUAAGCAAUUUUAUUAGUUUCUAUUCAUUUGAUUACUGUAAAUCCCUCUUACCCAUCUCUCGGCCCUUUAUUUUAGAUAUCAUUUUCUUCCUGAUUAAAAUGUUUCUAUAAUGUAAGCGGCCUCAAAAGAAAUGCCAUCAUGAUGUAUGCUUCAUGGGACGCGAGUCUUGGUCCACCAGGCCAAUAAUCUGGUGGCCCACCAAGUGCAGGGACCAUAACCCAAGAAAUGCGGUGAUUGGACUAUCAUAACCGUUGGAUUGUUGAA